AUGACGCUGGCUUUUGAUCAAGCUAGCUCCCUAGUCACCGGCUUGGUACGGUCAUGCUGGGAAUGUUUGUCGGGCGUGGAGCCUCAAGGUCAACUGGGCCAGCGAGCCGAUGGAAGAGGAGUUGAACGAGAGAUGCAGGUAUGCCAUAGCCAACCUCAUCUCGUCCCUCCAAUGAAGUUGGUUGUGUACGAUGACCUUCCCAGUCCGGGUGUCCGUCAUCAGUCUCGCAAUUCCCUCUCGUCAUGGCUUGGAGAAGGCCGGCACCUCGCCUCACGAGCAUCUGGGAGAGCAAGUAUCUCCCGGAAGAGACCAACUGCAGCACCGUUAAAGAUUAGCGCUCCUUCAGACUUUCGCCGAGUGCAGUCAUUCCAACUCGAGCCGUCGCCAACGAAAUUUCAACCUCUCCAACUCAAUAUUUACCGAUCUGGUCAUCGGUUAUCAGAUCUUCCCUCCUUUGAAACCUUCGAGGUGGACCAGAGUAGCCAACGCAAGACGCUGGCCGUCCCACCACGUGUGCUUUCCCCCACUGGAAUUCGAUCUCGACGUUGCCAGUCCAGCGAGGCUCGCUUCUCCGUGUCUCGCAAGCCAGUCGGUUCUGCAAAUCGCCGGUCGCUUGCGAAUCUGGAAGGGUCUAUUGAACCGCCUCGGCCGGUUCCUGUUGCAAGUGCUCUAAUUCCACAUUUCUGUACCGUCAUCCCAGUCGAGCCUCCUCUACCAGAAGAGCCGAUGCCCACAGCUGCUUUUAUACCCACUAUUCCUGCGGUUCUUGUCAUUCCUACCAUUCCUACACAUGCCAGAUCAGGAUCUGCGGACAGCAACAUCACCCGAGACACCGAGCUGUCCAUACUUGUUAGCAACGAGGGAUCGGGAGACGACACUGCUCAAACUCCUACGGCUUCGAGAUAUGGUGAUGAGACCACGGACGAACCAUCUUUCAAGGAUUCACCGUCCUCGGCCAGCUCGCGCACGAUGCCAUCUCGAAUCUCCUCCUUGCGUCGUCCUUCUACAGCUGAGAACCGAAAGACUAUCGCCUCGGUACCAAUUCCCUGUCGUGUCACUCAAUGGAUUUUCCCCAGCAAGCCAUCUGGACCCCAGCAAGUCUCACUUGCCGGUGAGAAUGGGUUUGACUGGGAAAGAACCCGAACUUUGAGCGGUACCACCGUCAACUCAACCAUCACAACUAUCACGGGUGGUGCGAUGGCCCGACGGCCUAAUGCGUCGAUCUCGAGCACUUUCACCAACGGGAGUACUCCUCGAACUUCUCUGCUAGGCCCAUCUUCUAAUGCGGAGAAAGAUCUUGAAUCUGACUUUGGUCAUCCGAAUACCUUCGAAAGCCGGAGACAACAUUAUCAAUAUCCUUCCCCUCUCUCUAAUAAUGUACCUGACUAUCGCGGUUCUGCUAUUGGUGUGGCUUUCUAG